AUGGCCUUUCGCCGAACUUGCGGUACACCAAUGCGGGUCAAAGAUCCACCAAGGAUGCAUGCAUCUCCGCUCGCAGCAGCAAAGCACACAAACUUCACAAGUCUCUUAGCUCUUCGAUCAGCUACGAUGUUUUUGUUGAUCUUCUCAGUCUUGCUUUACCUACCUUUCCUUCACAUUAACGCUGCAUCUUUCAAAUAUGCCUGCGAGUCCUUCGAGCCCGUGGUUGAGAAUGCCACUAUCGAGAUAGUUGAGUAUAUUCCUCGCAACAAGAUUGUAGAUCUCAAAUACCGCGAUACAACUUGCGGAGGCCCAGGGACGAAUUCGCCGGUAGCACAAGAUUUUUGCCGAGUCGCCUUGAAUAUCAGCACAAGCGAUAGAUCGUCCAUUGAAUUUGAAGCUUGGCUGCCGAAUAACUGGAACGGGCGAUUUGUGGCAACGGGAAAUGGAGGAAUUGGAGGCUGCCUUGACUACGCUAUCAUAGAAUAUGCUGCAGAGUAUGGGUUUGCUGCGGUAGGCUCAAACAAUGGUCAUAAUGGCACUGGGGGUACAUCAUUCUUUCACAACACUGAUGUCGUGGAGGACUUUGCUGGAAGAUCACUCCAUACGGCUACUUUGGUCGGGAAGGAGGUGACAAAACAGUACUACGGGAAGCCUCAUCGAUACGCCUACUUCUUUGGUUGCUCUCAGGGUGGUCGACAAGGGAUUGGAGCUGCGGAGAAGUACCCACUCGAUUUUGAUGGUAUCGUUGCCGGAUCUCCCGCGACUGACUUCAAUAAUCUCAUUUCUUGGAGAGCCUCGUUUUUUACCAUCACUGGCGCUGCGAACUCUUUCGACUUCAUCAAGGCAUCGAUGUGGACAGGUUUGAUACACGAUGAGGUGUUGAGACAGUGUGAUUUCAUUGACCACGUCAGAGAUGAGAUAAUCGAGUAUCCCGAUCUCUGUCAUUUCAAGCCAGAGACCCUCAAAUGCCGAGAUUUGCAGUUUGGGGAUGAAUGUCUGACUGCUGAACAAGUGGAAAUAGUCCGCAAGAUCUUCAGUCCUUUCACCUACGAUAACGGCACCAUCAUUUAUCCGGCCAUGCAGCCAGGAAGCGAGCUAAGGGCAAUUGAUCGCCUUUAUGCCGGAAAGCCCUUUAGCGAUUCUCAGGAUUGGUUUCGCUAUGUCGUCUACUCUGAUCCUGCGUGGAAUCCCGCAACUUUCACCACCCGCGAUGCUGCAGUGGUGGAAGCGUUAAAUCCUUUCAAUGUUCGCACUUUUCCGUCAGGGUUGCAAGCAUUUAACGCUUCCGGUGGUAAACUCCUUGUCUACCAUGGACAAGCAGAUCAGCAGAUUACGUCGCUAGAAACCGAGCGUUGGUACGAUCAUUUAGCAAGCGGGAUGAAUGCGAGCCCAUCGCAGCUGGAUGCCUUUACGCGCUUCUUUCGAAUAUCCGGUAUGCACCAUUGCAACUCUGGCGCUGGGGCAUGGAUGAUCGGACAGUCCAAGCAAGAAGGCAUUCCGUUCGAUGGUCAGUACAACGUCCUAGCUGCAAUUGUAGACUGGGUAGAAAAAGGGAAAGCGCCAGAUGUUAUCGAGGGGACAAAAUUCGUGAAUGACACAGCGGCCUCUGGAGUGGAGUUCCGAAGAAGGCAUUGCAGGUAUCCGCUGAGGAACAGAUAUACUGGGCCAGCUCUCUACUAUUUGAACGGCAUCGUUCCUGCUGGUGGUGAUCAUAUACAGAUCACGUCCGCUGAUGACUGGGAGUGUAGUUGAAGGGCAACAGGGAACAUGCGAUGCACUAAAAGCUGGCCACAAACCAAUUCACCUACUUGCCUAGUGCGGGAAGAUAGAGGAAACCAACCUCUUUCGCGUUUAGACUAUAAAAUUGAUGCGAAUUUUGGGAAUAUGAAGGGUCACAGUCUUCACAACUGGAGCUUUUAGGAGAGCAGACUUCGCUUUGAACGGGGAAAGGGCGAAAAGAGUGAACUGUUGUUUAGAUUGUAUAGGAGACCUCAGUGAAGGGGCUUGCGACGGUGAAGUAUGAACUGCCUCAUAUAUUAGGGCCCAAAUGGA